UUUCCACCAAACGGCCAAAGAUGGAUCUACAAGUCGGCCAACGAUGCGAAAUCAGCGGUAAGCGCCGCGGCGAGAUCGCUUACAUUGGGGCCGUCCAAGGCAUUCCGCCUGGUGAAUGGGUAGGCGUCCGAUUGGACAUGCCCUUUGGCAAGAAUGAUGGGUCCCAAGGAUCACAGCGGUACUUUGAUUGCAAGCCGCUACACGGCGUGUUUGUGCGGCCAGACAGUGUCAACGUGUCUGGGGAAUUUCCACCCUUCCUGGUCGUCCAUGACGACGUAUCACUGGAGGAAAAAGUCCGACUUGUCGAGGACGCACGAGCUGCCCAACGUGAACAAACAAGUCAGCGGCAGAAAGCACAGGUGUCGACUACGUCGGGCACUUCACGAGCGGAAGCAGUCGAUGCGUUCUGGUCCGAAUUCAGCGAGAAAGAGGCCAACGUAUGGCGUACACUCGACACUAUCGAAGGUUCAUCGACAAAUGUCAGUUCCGCCCUCGACGCUUUGUGCACGCACACGCACGCGCUGCGUGAUCUCGCUGCUGCCGCAACACUGUACCUCCCCCCUUACGACAUUCGGGCAACGCAAGCACUGACCCAACGCCUCAUGCAAGCCAUCGAAGCCAAGCGAACGGCUCUUGCCCCGCGGAAGAAAUUCACGUUCAAGGCACGGGCAAAGCUGAAGACGGCUGGUGGCAUCCCACUACCUCCACCACCACAGCCUCUUGUGCCGUUUGCACCUUCGAAUCCAGCGCAUGACCACGAACUGGAGUACGCUGACCAGGCCCAUGCGGUCCUGCACAUCACGGCGGCUGACAGCCCCGACUUGAGUCUUGCUCGUCUUUCCCACUGCAUUGUCGUGAUCCGAGUGCCGACGUCGGCCGUCCGUGGCACCGAACUGUCGCAUUGCACCAUUUACACGGGCCCGAUCCACGGAUCGUUGUGGCUAGAAAACUGCAGCAACUGCACGUUUGUUGUUGCGUGUCGCCAGUUGCGUGUACACCACACAACGUCGUCGUCAUUCUACCUCCGCGUCAAGAGCCACCCGAUCAUCGAGGAUUGCGCGACCCUCGGGUUUACGAGCUACGCCCUCCAGUACGACGGCCUUGCCGCGCAACUGGACUCUGCAGAUUUGGCCACGGACACGGGGCUGUGGGCCCAAGUGCAUGACUUCAAAUGGCUGCGCCAGACGCCAUCACCGCAUUGGCGCGUCCUCGACGAUCGCGAACGCGUCCAUGGUGUGGAUCCAAAGGUCGCGUCGCUAGUCUCGUUGGAAUCGAAUUGAAAGGAAUGCCAGUACUCUAUAAAGAAAGUCAUUCGUCGAGUAAGCUGCAACAACGCGUACGAGACAUUUUGUUGCGAGCCC